GUGAGAGAAAGUUGGGAGUCACGACUGAGGAGUGAGGACAGAAAUGAUAAAUGGAACAUAAAUAAGGAGAGAGCGAGGGUGGCGCAGUCAUAAGGAAGAGCGUUCAUUGACACUGAAGACCAUUGGGGGUUGGCGUCUACUUCCGCUAGACUGGGACGCUUUUAUCGGCCGUCUUCCUUCGAUUCCAACGCUUCUUUUUCGGAGCUCGUGUGCUUCUGCUUCUCAUUCUACCGACAUGGUUCCAACCUAAUGGGUUAGGCUUGAACGGACGCUACUGUUGAAGACUAGAUAUUCCCAAGGUCAAACAGUGUGAAAUAGUUUCCAGAAAUAAGAUAAAUCGUCAUCUGGAUCAUAUUGGGGUGUGUAUUUGACCAUGCAAACUGUUUAUUUCAAAGAAGCUCAAGGAGCUACCCACAAUUCCGCUGGGCAUAUGUCAUCUGUAACUUCGGCCCCGUGGUGGAGUACGUUAGGGUCCCAAACAAUUUUUGGCGAGUCUUGUGGCCAAAUGAAAGCUUUUUCGCUGGAGAUUCCCAGCCAUGUAGACCAACUUGUUGCCACUAAGCAAGCGGGAAGAGGAGCUGAACAAGUGUUUGAUAAAGGAAACACCACUGAGCUCGCUAUCUUUUCAGAUGAUUGUAAAAUGUCAGGUGAUCAGAAGUCUCAGACUGGCAUAUCACUUCAGUCAUCAAUUCCUGAUCCGCGCGCUCAUGUUGAGCUAGGAAUCAAUCAGCCUGUGAUCUGCGCAAAGUAUCCUUAUAUGGAUCAUUUUUAUGGGAUCGUCUCAACUUAUGGACCUCAAAUUCCGGGCCGUAUGAUGCUGCCACUUAACAUGGCAUCUGAUGAUGGACCGAUUUAUGUUAAUGCUAAGCAGUACCAUGGAAUCAUCCGACGUCGGCAGUCCCGAGCAAAGGCUGUGCUGGAGAAUAAAAUGACCAAACGUCGUAAGCCUUAUAUGCAUGAAUCACGCCAUCUCCAUGCAAUGCGCCGACCAAGAGGAUGCGGUGGUCGUUUCUUGAACACAAAGAACUUGAAUGACAGCGAUGCAAAAUUUGGAAGUGAAGGGAAUAAAACUGGGGAUGGUCAAUUGCAGUCUACUGGUUCUCAGAGCUCUGAAGUGCUGCAAUCAUCAAAGGAAACAAGUGGAAGCAGUCCGCACAUGUCUGGGUCAGAGGUGACUAGCAUGUAUACAAGGGGAGGUCUUGACCAUGGCUUUACGUUCAACUAUCUUGGACCAGCUGUUCAUCACACUCUUGCAGGCAUGAUGAAUAAUCAGAGUGGCAGUGGCGGCAUAGUUAUGCCCGCCAAAUGGGUUGCAGCACCAGGUAAAUGCUGCAGCCUUGAAGUUUGAUUUGGCAAGGAAACACAAUGGGGUUGGUGCACUAACGUUGUACCAAAUCCCCAUCCUUGCCCCAGCCAGAUGGAGAAGCUUUGUCGCGUUUUCCUUUGUGGUUACUGUGGCGAGUUUCGUUUGUGAGGCUCUCUCCGACAUCUGGUUUGAAGGCAAAUCAUUCUUGGCUCAUGAAAAUUAACGGCAAAUCGUCCUUGGCUCAUUAUUAUUAUCUAUAGAACUACUGUCUGCCUUUCCCCUCAGGCCUGACCGUCUUUGGCGUGUUUACACAUCGCAUGCUAAUGACUUGAUAUCCUGGAAGGGGGUAAGCUUUUAUGCGGGUGUGUUUGUUUAAAAUGUGUUCAUGACUCUAGUUUGCACGUGUGCUUUGGAACUUAAUUAUGUAAGCGUGGUGGUGUUUUAUUCGUCCGGACCUGACUUUGUGAAUCCAUGUAUCAUACAACUUGACCUUUGGUGUUUGUUUCAAAAUAAAACAUUUGCCCGGACUCCCGAUA